CCGCCCCGGAGUCCUUCGAGCCAUUCAGCCAUGGUCAAUCCCACCGUGUUCUUUGACAUCGCCGUGGACGGCGAGCCCUUGGGCCGCGUCUCCUUCAAGCUGUUUGCAGACAAAGUCCCCAAAACAGCAGAGAACUUCCGUGCUCUGAGCACCGGGGAGAAAGGAUUCGGUUACAAAGGCUCCUGCUUCCACAGGAUUAUCCCGGGCUUUAUGUGCCAGGGUGGUGACUUCACAUGCCAUAAUGGCACUAGCGGCAAGUCCCUCUACGGGGAGAAGUUUGAUGAUGAGAAUUUCAUCCUGAAGCACACAGGUCCCGGCAUCUUGUCUAUGGCGAACGCUGGACCCAACAUGAAUAGUUCUCCGGUUUUCAUCUGCACCGCCAAGACCGAGUGGUUGGACGGCAAGCACGUGGUGUUUGGCAAGGUGAAGGAGGGCAUGAACAUCGUGGAGGCCAUGGAGCGCUUUGGGUCCAGGAACGACAAGACAAGCAAGAAGACCACCAUUGCUGAGUGCGGACAAAUCUGAUCCGUUUGACUCGUGUUUUAUCGUAACUACCAGUCCAUUCCUUCUGUAGCUCGGGAGAGCACCCCUCUGCCCCCCUCUGCUCGGAAUCGCCUAGAACCCUGUGCUCCUGCUGCAGUUCUGCGGGUCCGUGUCCUCCUUGCCCCUCUCCAAGUUUAGCUGGAUUUCAGAGUGAAGUUUAUGAUCAUGAAAUAAAAGCUAAGCAACAA